AUGAAUUGUUCCAUCAGAAGUUUAAGUUGUGUGAUAGCGAUUUUAAUGACUCUGACAUCAAACAGUGGUCUACAAUCUAACAUCCCUCCCUUCAGAGUGCUUGUUUUACUCCCCGGGCGUAAGGGCGAUUUCUUGUUUCCAUUCGGACAAGAGAAAGCCGGAGCAGCAGUAAGCAUUGCUAUUGAAGACAUUGAAAGAAAGGGCAUCAUUAAGGAAGGCUCCAUAGAAGUGGAAUACGCCAACACACGAUGUAAUGGAGUACACGGACUGGGGAUCACAAGCGACAUGUUGAGGAAAAGAAAUUACAGCGCCAUUAUUGGCCCCCAGUGUUCACAAGUGUGCAGUUUUGUGGGGCGACUGGCUGCCUAUUAUAAUAUUGCGUGUUUCUCAGGUGUUUGUCAAGACACAGAAAUGCUCAAUAAGAAUGUAUUCACGACAUUGACAAGAUUCUUAGGAACGUUUGAUAAAGUUGGAUUAGCUGUACGUGGUAUCAUGAAGUCCUUUUCCUGGUAUCGAAUUGGAAUAAUUGCUCAAAAACAUACGGACAAAAUCUGGAUAUACACAAGAGACGCGAUUGAAAGCAUGACGUCUGCUGAUGGAAUGAACGUUGCCAUUUCUAAAACGUUAAACGAGACCAGGGACCUGUAUGAAACAUUAGAGCAAGUUGCAUUAACAUCUAGAAUUAUUGUGUUGGCUGUUAGAGGGGAGACACUGAGGAAGCUUAUGAUCUACGCCUAUGAUAUGGGUCUGAUUCAACAGAAAUAUAUGUUUAUCUGUGUGUACUAUUACUCCCAUAAGAACACAUUUGGUGACAUUUCUUGGAAGCAGAAUGAUUCUGACGACGAAAAGGCUAAAAUAGCGUACCGGUCAAUAUUGUUUAUCUCGUAUUUUACACCAAAUACGAACGAGUACAGGAACUUUACCAACAGGGUCAGGAUCAAGUCACAGGAAUUGUUUAAUUACACCUAUAAACCUGAUGAAGAGGUUCCCUAUCCAGCCUCUAAUCUUUAUGAAGCUAUGUACAUGUAUGCUCUCUCUGUCAACAUGACGUCAUUUGAAGGAAAAGAUCCAUUUGAUGGUCAAUUGAUUGCCUCAAGAAUCUGGGGGAGUACGUUUACAAGCGUAACAGGGAAUAUUUCACUCAAUGCGAAUGGUGACAGACAACAGGGAUACAAGAUAGAACAGAUCCAAACUACACCUGACUUUCAAUUAAUGACUGUUGGCUAUUUCUUUACCGAAGAUGGAGUAUUUCGAGAGGAUUCGCUCUAUAAAAUACAAUGGCCUGAUGGACUGGGACCACCUUCGGACACACCACACUGUGGAUUCCUGGGCGAAUUUUGUGAAAACCACCUGGAAAAGAUGGAGACUCUAGAGAUCGUGGUGGGAACCAUGGGAAGUAUCCUGGCUCUAGUUGUAUUUCUCAGCAUCAUCAUUCCAAGAUUUGUUGUAACACGAAUCAAAAGAAAAGCUAGUGAGAGUGUGUGGAGAAUAAAAGAAAGCGAUAUACUUUCCACCAAAAAAUCAGGUUUUUCAAUGUCAAAGAUAUCACUUCGUUCAGAACAACACAACAUAGACAGAUGUCUAGUCUCUACAGCAAUGUAUAAGGGAACUACAGUAGUUCUCAAAAAGUACGAAGUGGCGGAUUCAACCUAUGACGUCAGAGAAUUAAAGCAGAUUCGAGAACUAGAUCAUCUAAAUGUGGCCAAAGUCGUUGGGUUUUGUGUGGAUGCUUUAAAAAUCACAGUGGUAGAAUACUGCAGCAAGGGGAGUUUAAUGGAUAUACUGGAAAACGAAGAUAUCAAGAUGAAUUGGGAUUUUCGUUGCUGUCUUUUAUGGGACACAAUCAGAGGUCUUGAAUACAUCUUUCAUUCAAAUCUUCGUUACCAUGGAAAUCUUAAGAGUUCUAAUUGUGUAAUCGAUGGUCGCUUCGUUCUCAAAUUGACGGAUUUUGGACCACGUAACUGGAUUGAGAAGAAAUCAAAAUGUGAAAGAGACCUGUUAUGGACUUCGCCAGAGAGACUGAGAUUAAAAAUACUUCAAACUCCAGCAAAUUAUCAACAAUCGGACAUGUAUUCCUUGGCCAUAGUAAUACACGAAUUGUUUGAAAGAAAUGGUCCAUUUGGAGUGGAGACAAUUCAGCUACAACCAAUUGAAAUCAUAGAGCGGUUAAAAUGUCAAGAGACCAUUAAUUUUCGCCCUAAAUUUGAAACUAAUGGGUGUCCCAGAAAGCUCCAAGCUUUAAUAUCCAAAUGUUGGGAUGCUAAUCCAGAAAGCAGACUAACUCUUAAGGAUUUGAAAAAAAGCAUCAAAAUUUCUACAGACGUUAAAGCCGAGAAUUUCUUCGACAAUCUUCUGAAUAGAAUGGAACAAUAUGCUACAAACUUGGAGGACCUUGUUGAAGAGCGAACGUCAAAAUAUUUACACGAGAAGAGAAGAGCAGAAGAUCUUCUCUAUCAAUUACUACCUCAGUCGAUUGCUCAUCAGAUUCAAUCCCAGGGAUUUGUAGAACCUGAAUCAUUCGAGUCUGUUACCAUUCUGUUUACUGAUAUUGUGCAGUUCACAUCCAUUUCUUCUGAAUCUUCGCCGUUGCAGAUUGUGGAAAUGUUGAAUGACUUGUAUUCCAGUUUUGACGAUGUAAUUACCUCGUAUGAUGUGUACAAGGUAGAGACUAUUGGUGAUGCCUACAUGUGUGCCUCUGGUCUGCCACAAAGGAAUAUCUAUCAUCAUACAGAAAUAGCCAAACUUAGCAUAUCUAUAAUGAGGAUAGUCAAUAAAUUCAGAAUACGUCACCGGCCACGUAAAAAGCUUGAACUGCGUGCGGAAGUCCAUUCAGGUCCUUGUGUUGCUGGUGUUAUUGGUGUUAAAAUGCCAAGAUACUGCCUGUUUGGAGAUACUGUAAAUACGGCCUCAAGAAUGGAAAGUACAAGUGAAGCUUCAAAAAUUCAAAUAAGUGGUUCUACUGCAACACUCUUAAAAGACUCACCAGAAGUUCAUCUCAGCACAAGAGGAGAAGUCUUUAUUAAGGGUAAAGGAGUUAUGCUUACAUACUGGUUGGAAUGGAAGGAGGGUGGCAAUCAAAACUUCACAUUUUUAGAGGAGUCAACUUUGGAAUCAUCUCAAAAUUCAAUGUUGAACAAUACCUUAAUGAACAAUCUGAAGACUCCGCCCAUUACAUUUAAAUGGGUGGGGGAUAACCAAGAUGAGAAGGACACAGAGGGAAGGGAGAAGGAGGAUAAGAAGGACACAAAGGGAAGAUACUUUUGA